AUGGAGGUUGACCUUGAUGAGACAGAACAUGAUGAGGAUAUGGGUGCAUUUGAGGAAGAUUCAGGAGAGCUGCGUAACGAUAAAGAUCAACCCCAUAGCUCAGCAGGCCCACCUGAACAACACAACCCCUUGCCUACAUCAGCACCAGAAUGGCGUGUAUGUGGAUAUUGCAGACCCAUGCCACAGGAGAUAGAAAAUAAAUGCUGCAGACAAAAGAAUUGUAUUACUUUAACCUCAAGGUUUGCUAAAAUAUGCUUAGACCAAGAUGUUUUGGAGUUAUGUAUUCGAAACACUGGGGACAUUCGCAACGAUGAGGAGGAUAAUAGUACCCAAGCAUUUAGAAAAGCUGGAUACAGACAGUUUGUAUUAGCACGUCAUGGACACCUCGGAAAGGGAAAUAGAAGGGUUUGCCCAUCUUGUGUUGUAUUAAAAAUACGGGGACGAUAUCCAUCUGUCACAGGAGUCUAUAUGGGCUGUCACAGGAGUCUAUGUCUUCAUGUGAUAAGAAUAAUUGAUAUUUUCACCAUUUACAUUCCUCUGUUGCUAUUCCCAUACGACGGACUAGUUGAUUGCCUCUACCCUUUGACCUGUCCGGCAUGGGUGACCCUGCCAGGAGCUUAUGCUCCAGCCGGCAUAGCUCUAGGGGUCAUGGAGGCAAACAACUCAAUAACUCAACAACUCAUUAAUUCAAGCCCCCAACCAUGGGCUUGGUGA